GCCGGCCUCUCUCUCGCGUGGAAGGAAAGGAGGAGGAGGAGGGAGGGAGGCGCCGCUCCUCCAGCCCCUGGCUCCCUUUUUUUGACCUCUCUGCAGGGAAGAAGGACCUCUAGGCGCUUGGGAGGCAUCUCUGCAUCCUCCUCUCCAAAGGAUCAGCCUCCUAGAUUGAUCUCUAUUCUUCUUCCCCUCCAUCCCCAGCCGGAGAGACCUCUUCUUUCUCCCGGCAAGAUGAUCGCUGCCCAGCUUUUGGCCUAUUACUUCACCGAAUUAAAGGAUGAUCAGGUCAAGAAGAUUGAUAAAUAUCUGUACUCCAUGCGACUCUCCGAUGAAACUCUUCUGGAUAUUAUGGGACGCUUCAGGAGAGAGAUGAAGAAUGGGUUAUCCAGGGAUUUUAAUCCAACAGCCACUGUCAAGAUGCUCCCUACAUUCGUAAGGUCUAUUCCCGAUGGCUCAGAGAAAGGAGAUUUCAUUGCCCUGGAUCUGGGUGGAUCUUUUUUUCGUAUUUUGCGAGUGAAAGUCUCUCAUGAGAAAAAGCAGACUGUACAAAUGGAAACUGAGAUUUAUAACACUCCAGAAGAUAUUAUGCAUGGCAGUGGAACACGGCUUUUUGAUCAUGUUGCUGAAUGUUUAGGAGACUUCAUGGAGAAACAAGAAAUCAAGGACAAGAAGCUACCUGUUGGUUUCACGUUUUCUUUCCCUUGUAGGCAAUCCAAGCUAGAUGAGGGUAUCCUGAUCACCUGGACAAAGCGUUUCAAAGCAAGUGGCGUCGAGGGAGCUGAUGUAGUGAAGUUACUAAACAAAGCAAUCAAGAAACGAGGGGAUUACGAUGCAGACAUCAUGGCUGUUGUCAAUGACACUGUAGGAACAAUGAUGACCUGUGGAUUUGAUGACCAGCGUUGUGAAGUUGGCUUGAUCAUUGGUACUGGCACAAACUCUUGUUACAUGGAAGAAAUGCGGCACAUUGAUCUGGUGGAAGGAGAUGAAGGGCGGAUGUGCAUCAAUACCGAGUGGGGAGCAUUUGGAGAUGACGGAUUAUUAGAAGACAUCCGGACUGAAUUUGACAGAGAGAUUGACCGGGGCUCCCUUAAUCCUGGGAAACAACUGUUUGAGAAGAUGGUGAGUGGCAUGUACAUGGGUGAACUUGUCAGGCUUAUCCUCGUAAAAAUGGCCAAAGAAGGUCUAAUUUUUGAAGGUCGAAUCACUCCAGAACUUCUCACCAAAGGAAAGUUAGAAACAAAACAUGUGUCUGCCAUUGAGAAGAGCAAAGAAGGGUUACAGAAGGCCAAAGAGAUACUGACCCGUCUUGGGGUUGAGCCCUCCCAUGAAGACUGCAUUGCUGUCCACCAUGUCUGUACAAUUGUUUCAUUCCGCUCAGCAAACUUGGUAGCUGCGACGCUGGGGGCGAUCCUGAAUCAGCUGCGAGAUAAUAAGGGAGUUGGACGUCUGCGGACCACUGUGGGGGUCGAUGGCUCCCUUUACAAGAUGCACCCACAAUAUGCCAGGCGCCUGCACAAAACUGUGCGACGCUUAGUGCCCGACUCAGAUGUUCGUUUCCUGCUCUCUGAGAGUGGCAGUGGAAAGGGGGCUGCGAUGGUGACAGCGGUUGCCUACAGGUUGGCUGAACAGCACCGACAGAUCGGUGAGACCCUGGAAGAGUUUAAGCUCACUCAUGAACAGCUCCUGCAGGUGAAGAAGAGGAUGCGAAUGGAAAUUGAAGCUGGCCUCCGGAAGAAGUCACACGACCACGCCAAAGUCAAAAUGCUACCUACCUUCGUCCGCAGCACGCCUGAUGGGACAGAAAAUGGAGACUUUUUGGCUUUAGAUCUCGGAGGAACAAAUUUCCGCGUUUUGCUUGUGAAGAUUCGAAGUGGGAAAAGGAGGAUGGUCGAAAUGCACAAUAAAAUAUAUGCCAUUCCUAUAGAGGUCAUGCAGGGUACUGGAGACGAGCUGUUCGACCACAUUGUUACCUGCAUCUCGGACUUCUUGGAUUACAUGGGAAUAAAAGGUGCACGGCUGCCUUUGGGCUUUACGUUUUCUUUCCCUUGCAGACAGACAAGCUUAGAUGCUGGUAUUCUUCUGAACUGGACCAAGGGCUUUAAGGCGACUGACUGUGAAGGGGAAGACGUUGUUUACUUGCUAAGGGAAGGAAUUAAAAGAAGAGAGGAAUUUGAUCUGGAUGUUGUGGCCGUGGUAAAUGAUACAGUUGGGACAAUGAUGACGUGUGCCUAUGAAGAUCCAAAUUGUGAAAUUGGACUCAUUGUGGGAACGGGUAGUAAUGCAUGCUAUAUGGAAGAAAUGAGAAAUAUCGAGAUGGUAGAAGGAGAGCAAGGGAGAAUGUGUGUGAACAUGGAAUGGGGUGCCUUUGGGGACAAUGGAUGCCUUGACGACAUCAGGACGAUCUAUGACAAAGCUGUCGACGAAUACUCUUUAAACAGUGGCAAGCAAAGGUAUGAGAAGAUGAUCAGUGGAAUGUACUUGGGAGAAAUUGUCCGGAACAUUUUGAUCGACUUCACAAAAAAGGGAUUUCUCUUCAGAGGACAAAUUUCAGAAGCACUGAAAACGAGGAGUAUUUUCGAAACAAAAUUUCUUUCACAGAUUGAAAGUGAUCGGUUAGCAUUGCUUCAGGUCCGUGCGAUCCUCCAGCAGCUUGGUCUGAACAGCACUUGCGAUGACAGUAUCAUUGUCAAGACGGUGUGCGGAGCUGUGUCAAAAAGGGCAGCUCAGCUGUGUGGAGCUGGGAUGGCUGCUGUGGUAGACAAAAUAAGGGAGAACAGAGGACUGGACCAUCUGGAUGUCACUGUAGGCGUGGAUGGUACUCUGUAUAAGCUUCACCCCCAUUUCUCAAAGGUCAUGCACCAAACAGUAAAGGAUCUGGCUCCCAAAUGCAAUGUGACAUUCCUUCUUUCGGAAGACGGCAGUGGCAAAGGGGCUGCUCUCAUCACGGCCGUGGGUUGCAGACUCCGAGAAGCUGAGCAUAACUGAAUUUUGCAGCAUCGGCGUCUUCUGCCUUCUGAGCACUUUCUUGUAAAGCAGCAGUCCUGCAGUCUGAACUGGUGGGAGAAGCCCAGAAUUCAGCUGCUUUUAUGGAAGAGUUGGGAGUUAAACAAAAAUAAAUAAAAAUAGGAUACUGAA